AUGGGGCAGCUUUAACCAUUUUUUGCUUUUACUAAAGCGAAAUAAAGAUCAAUAAAACUUUUGAUGAUAGGAGCCUAGUUUACAGGAAAAACAUCUAUCUUAAAUUAAUGGAAAUAUAAUACAAUACUGCAUACUUUACCAAAUAAUGGAAUUGAUAUUGUACAAAUUAAUUAUAAUAAUAUUGAAUUCUAAAUAACAGAUUUUAGUGGAAGGCUUAAUUUUAAUUCUUUGUUUUCUCAUUGCAUGGCAAUAUAUGAGGGGCUAAUAAUUGUUAUAGACUCUUCCAAUUUAUAAGAAAAAGAACUCCUAUAGUCUAAACUAAAAACAUUUUUUAAUCAAAACUAAAUAUAAAAAAUAAUUCCUGUUUUGAUUAUUGCAAAUAAAAGUGAUAAAAAAAAAUAUUAAGAAGAUGAAAUUAUAAAGUAUAUUGGAAUUGACUAGUAUAAGGACAAAAUAUUUUAUUAAAUCUUUGAAACUAAUUGUUUCUCUGGGGAAGGACUUAGCGAAGCUUUAGAAUGGUUAUAUGAAUAACAUAUCUGA